CGAUGUGACUUUUUAUCUGAUGAUAACUUUGGGCUCAGUUUCUGUACUUUUUCUCAUCAGUAUCAUCGUGCUGAUUGCAAUGCAGUGCUCCAAAACCACAGACUAUACUUCUAAAUAUCUCCAAGAGACUAAUUAUGACGGGACACUGUGCCACAGCAUCCAGUACAGAUCUGGAGAGAAACGGUACAUGUUAGUUGGACCCAGAAUGAGUAUAGGAUCUACUAUAGUCCCGGGCAGCCACGCGAAUACACUAGUGCUCCCCGACAGGAGGAGGGGAUCUGGAGAGCUACGAUACUCUAUUCCUGAAGAGCUUACGGUGGGUGCUGUUGUCGGGAAUAUCGCUAAAGAUUUAGGGCUGGAUAUCAGUGCUUUGAAUGCUAGAGGAUUUCGCAUCGUUUCCGGAUCGACAGAACCCCUGUUUCAACUUAACAACAACGGAAUCUUACACGUCAACCAAAAAAUAGACAGAGAAGAGGUGUGCGAACGGAUCAGCACCUGCAUUAUCAACAUAAAGACUGUGCUGGAGAACCCGUUAGAGGUGCAUUACGUCGCCAUUGAGGUCUUGGAUGUAAACGAUCACUCUCCCACCUUCUCCGAAAACGAGACUCGUUUAGAGAUAUCAGAAUCUGCUUUACCUGGGGCACGAUUUCAACUACAAGGCGCUCGCGAUCCAGACAGCGACACAUAUUCUAUUCAACUGUACAGGCUCAGUCAAAAUGACCAUUUUCGCCUGGAGGUUAAAGACAGAGGAGAAGAUGGGAAAAUUCCUGUUUUGUAUUUGCAUAAACCGCUGGACAAAGAAACUGCAAGAAGUCAUAGAUUACUGCUGACAGCUGUUGAUGGGGGAAAGCCUGCUAAAUCAGGAACCAUGGGAAUUAUGGUUAAUGUUUUGGAUGUCAAUGACAAUAUGCCAGUUUUUUCAAAAGACUCAUAUGCUGCGGUGCUUAAUGAAAAUUCACCUAUUGGCACAACUAUCAUGCAAGUUAAUGCCACAGACUUAGAUGAUGGUUUAAAUGGGGAGGUGGUAUAUUCGUUCGGCAAUAAUGUAAAUAGCAAAUUACGUAAACUUUUUGAAGUUGACCCUAAUACUGGUGAAAUUAUUGUUAAAGGCCAGAUAGAUUAUGAAGCAAAAGACAGGUAUGAAAUUGACAUCAAAGCUUCUGAUAAAGGGACAGUCCCCCUAGCAACAGAAAAAAGUGUUAUAAUAACUAUUGUGGACCUGAAUGACAACGCACCUGAGAUUGAAGUAACGUCCUUUUCAAGAGCAAUUCCUGAGGACUCCAAACCUGGGACGACGGUAGCGUUGAUAAGUGUGAGUGAUAAUGAUUCAGGUGUAAAUGGAAAGGUAAUCUGUUACAUUAGUGAGGAUGUACCUUUUACAUUAACACCAUCGUUACAAGACAAUAUGUACUCAAUAGUCACAAAAUCUCUGCUAGAUAGAGAGCAUCAAUCCAAGUGUGAUGUAACAAUAAUUGCUAAAGAUGCUGGUGAAAAAGCUUUGUCAUCCCACAGGACAAUUAGUGUGACUGUAUCAGAUGUUAAUGAUAACAGUCCAGCGUUUUCAACAAAUCCAUAUACUUUUUAUGUUACUGAGAACAAUGUUGCAGGGGCCUCUUUAUUUUCAGUGAGUGCUAAUGAUUGUGAUGAGGGUGAUAAUGCUCUCAUAUCAUAUAACAUUGUGAGAAAUGGGGACGAACACAAACAAUUGGCUUCAUUUCUCAACAUAAACUCUGAAAACGGAGACAUUUUGGCGCUAAAAAGUUUCGACUUUGAAACUCUGAAAACGUUCCAGUUCCAAGUUGUUGCCUCAGAUUCUGGAACUCCGUCACUGAGCAGCAACGUCACAGUGAACGUGUUCAUUCUGGAUCAGAACGACAACGCUCCAGUCAUCCUGUAUCCAGUCAGCUCUAACGGUUCUGCUGAAGGUGUGGAGGAGAUUCCCCGCAAUGUGAACGCAGGACACUUGGUGACUAAAGUCAGAGCCUAUGACGCUGAUAUAGGAUAUAACGGCUGGUUACUCUUUUCACUGCAGCAAGUCACUGACCACAGUCUCUUUGGUUUGGACCGCUAUACAGGACAGAUCAGAACACUUCGCUCCUUCACAGAGACAGACGAGGCUGAGCACAAACUGAUCAUACUGGUCAAAGACAAUGGGAACGUGUCGCUCUCAGCAACAGCUACUGUGGUGGUCAAACUUGUGGAGCCC